UUCUUCAAUUUACUCCUCACUCUCACACACGUUUCCAUUAUUCUCUCUCUUUCUCCCAAUUAAUUUCUCACCAAUAACACAACUCCACAUCACUCACCAAUGGCCGACGCCACCGUGCCGGAGACCGACUCCGGUGGUGCCAAUUCCUCGUCUUCCUCCUCCUCCUCCUCCUCCACUUCAUGUUCCAUCUCACCCUCAUCGAAACUUCGGCUGAAGCGUGAUCGAGAAAGUAGCAACAAUAGUCGCCACCCAAGUUACCGCGGCGUCCGAAUGAGGGCGUGGGGCAAAUGGGUGUCGGAAAUUCGAGAGCCGAAGAAGAAGAGUCGGAUCUGGCUCGGCACAUUCGCCACGCCGGAUAUGGCGGCACGUGCUCACGACGUAGCUGCCCUCACUAUCAAAGGCAAUUCCGCCAUCCUCAAUUUUCCUGAACUCGCCGCCUCAUUACCUCGCCCCGCCUCCUCGUCCCCUCGUGACGUUCAAUCCGCCGCCGCUCUUGCCGCUUCAAUGCAACUUCCUGACGUCAUCUCAUCUCCACCGCCACCGCCACCACCACCCUCAUCGCCUCCUUUUUCGUCGUCGCCCGAGUUGGACGAGUCGACGCCGGAGGAACUAAGUGAAAUUGUGGAGUUGCCGAGUUUGGGAACGGGGUACGAGAAAUCGGUCGAAUCGGUGACCGAGUUCGUGUUUGACGAGUGGCAAUAUAGCUAUGGGCCAUGGGAUCAAGAAAAUAAAAGCUCAAAAGAAGAAGAAGAAGAAGCUUAUGAGUACUUUAUAGAUCAAAUGGCAAUGGCGGAAAGAGAGUGUGUGAUUCCCACUGCAUUAUUUCAACCUUUACCUUUCUCGUGGUAACAUUAAAUUGAUAUCACUUCUUUACAAACUGGGUUGUGAAUUUGUUGUGUGAUUUUCUCUCUCUUCAAUUUUUUUUUUAAGAUAUAUAUUUAAUUAAAUUAAAUGUGAAGUCCUUUUACAAUUUUUUUAAAGGGGCUAAGAAAUUUAAAUUAGGGAUCUUGUCUUGGUGAGUGUUUUCUUCUCUGUGUUUCCAGUUCCAUUUCCUCUCUCUAUUCAGUUAACCAUUUUUUUUUUU